AUGAGUGCAAUCGAAAAUGAUCGCACAUUGUUCCCACUGGGACACUGUCCACACCGUCUGUAUUCACCUUCCUCUGCCUUUACGGGUGGACCAAAUUUCCUAUUACAACGCCAUCCAAAUCUUCGGACUGAGGAUCUUUCAGUGCUUCGGGUUGUGCACAUCUCAGCAACUAACACUGGAAAUGAAUAUCCACUGAAGUGCAGCUCAAGCGUGUAUUUAUCAGGAGAUUUGAAGUGCACCUUGCCACCACCACCCGCGAAACCAGGCACGAGCUUGUUGGGAUUACCAGCACUUGGCAAGAUACUACACACACGCAGCGGAUUGCAGUAUUGCACAUUCUGGGAUGCACUAACGUAA